AUGGGGUCGCACACGCUCAGCGUGCCCGUGCGCGUGUUCUCGUGGACCGCGCGACUCUUCGAGCUCGUCUUCCUGGCGCUGCUCAUCACCUUCUGCGCCUACCUCUCAAAGGACAAGACGGACCCCUCGCUUGCUGUCUACGGCGGGCUGUCCGCGUGCUUCGACUGCGACAACGGGUGGAACUGGCACGUGCUGCUCAUGGGCAUCGCCUUCGGCAUCGCCUUGACCGAAUCCAUCCUCGCCUUCUGCUCCUCCUCCCUCAGGGCGAACGGGUACGCCAAGUGGGUGCACCUGGCGUGGCAGGCGAUCGCGCUGAUCCUGGCGGCAUUCGCUAUGGCGUCUAUCAUCGUGGCCAAGGACGUGUCGGCCAGCAAGCACAUGUACUCCGUUCACACCUACUGCGGCGUGCUCACACUCGCGCUCUUCGCCCUCCAGUUCUUUUGGGGGCUGUGCGCGUUCGUGCUGUUCAAGAGCCACCUGUCCAAUGCGAUGCGGUACCAGAUGGGCACGUACCACAUCCUGCUUGGCAAGUUCACCUAUUAUGCCGGCAUCGGCACGUGCGUGAAUGGGUUCGCGGACAUGCAGAUGAUGAUGGUGCAUUCAGGCCAGCCGCACUACGGCAUGGUCGCUGCGCUGCUGGUGCUCGCGCUGUCGGGGCACAGCCAGGAUCAAGGCCAAGCGACCAAACUAGUGCACCUCGAGCAUCCCGACCCACCCACACCAGCCCAUCUCCCCUCAGCUAAUGCGACAGCAAAACCAAACCACACGCUCGUUCCUCCCCCGACCAUCGCGACCGGGGCAGCAUCAUCUCUCCCCGCAGGGGUGCUGUCAGAUAGCGCCGUCCCCAGGCAGUACCUCGCCGGCGCGGCAGUGGUGGGCGGCAGUGGCGGCAGCGGCGGAAGCGCGUCGGUGCAGGAGAUUUACGCGAAGCUGACGGGGCAGCAGGUGGUGCCAGCGCGCGGAGAUCCCAAGGCCUACGGCUUCCUGAACGCCACCAUCCAUAGAGACUCCAACGGGCCGUUCCGGUUGGAAUACAAGGUGAUCAUCAUCGGGCUGUCGCGCGACGCGCCGCCGCGGAAGAUGAGCGCGCACCGCGGGAGGAAGGGCGAGGCGGGCGCGCACCAUGAGCGCCUCCUGGACCUACCGUGCGGCACCACGGGGCGCCGCGCUGGUCACCACGCCGCGGGCAGCGCUUCCCUGACGGUGACCUGCGCGGGCGCGGUGGGGGGGAGCGCGGAGGAGCUGCGCGCCGAAGCGGGGCGGGGCGCGGGGGAACACGAGGCAGGGAAGGGUGACCGUUACGGUAACGGUACUGCUACUGAUAGUAGUAAUGAAGCUAAUACUAGCUACUUCGCGUCGAGUGAGCGAGACCAGCAGUCGCUUCGUGAAGCGGUGCGGGUGAUUUUGCAAGAGCCGGAGAGUUACUACGUCACAGUUAGUACCACGCAUUACGCUGGCGGCGCCAUUCGCGGGCAGCUUGGGAGGGUGUUUGGGCAGGAAGAGUAG